AUGUCCCUCGCCUGUCGUCACAUCACAUCUCCCCGCCUUUCUCCCACUCCUCACUUGGGAUUCUACCAAUCUUACCCCAUCACUUUCAAAACUCUUCCCAUCCCUCACCACCGAUUCGCCGCAAACAUCUCUUCCCAUUUUCCUCCCGACCAGGUUUUCGCAUUGCCGGACAUGGCGCUCGCUUGUCCUUCCUCCGUGUCCUUCAAGUCCUUCCAAGGGCUCAAGGCCAGUCCCUCUGUCUCUUCCCAAGCGCGCAUUAGUCGCUCCAAUGUAGCUUUUCCGAACGCCGCCUCCAAGCGGCUGGUCGCCGUCGCGGCCGUUGCAGAGGCACCAGCAGCUGCCGGCCCGGCAGUUCUGCCCGUCCUGACGAUGGACGGCGCGAACUCGGGCAAGACGGCAGAGCUGAACCUGCGGACGGCACGGCCGGAGACGGCGAAAGCUGUCGUCCACCGCGCCGUUGUCACCUACAUGCAGAACAAACGCGCGGGUACCGCGAGCACGAAGACCCGCGCGGAGGUGCGCGGAGGCGGGCGGAAGCCGAUGAAGCAGAAGGGAACCGGCGGCGCUCGCCGGGGAUCACAGCGGACGCCGCUGCGCCCCGGUGGUGGUGUGGUGUUCGGACCUAAACCCAAGGACUGGACUAUUAAGAUCAACAAGAAGGAGAAGCUGCUCGCCGUGGGGACCGCUCUGCAGAACGCGGCGACCUCGAAUGGCGGCGCGAGCUUCAUCGUGAUCGAGGACGUGCACGACAAGGUCGCGGCGCCUAAGACUAAGGACUUCGUCGCGGCGCUCGCGCGGUGGGGCGUGGAUUACAAGAAGGACCACGCGCUGCUGCUUACCGGCGAAGCUUCGGAGAACCUGCUGCUAUCGACGCGGAACAUUGAGAACCUGAAGGUGGUCACGACGAACGCGCUGAACAUCUACGACGUGCUGCGCGCCGAUAAGCUGCUGGUGACGGAGUCCGGGCUUGAGUACCUUAACCAACGGUUCGGCGAUGACGUGCUGUUUGUAGACGGGGAGGAGGACGAGGAGGAGGGAGAGGAGGCGUCAGAUGCUUAG